AUGGUUGAGCUUGUUCAUCAAACGGAUGAGAUGAGGAGCGUGGGGAUGUUGGAGAUUGUUAAUGAGCCUGUUCGGAACGAGGCAAGGGAUUCGUCUAUGCGGUCGAAGUAUUAUCCAAAGGCUGUUGAGCGCAUCCGUGCCGCUGAGGAGAAGCUUUCCAUUGAUGCGAAUGACCACCUCCAUAUCCAGACAAUGGAUAAAUAUUGGGGCUCGGGCGAUCCUAACGAGUAUCUCGACGACUUGAUUUACAUGGCCUAUGAUGAUCACCGUUAUCUGAAAUGGGAUACUAGUGUUGAUCCCUCGCAUGACAAUUACAUCAGCACAUCCUGCGCCGAUAAUCGUGAUAGUAACUCCCCUAACAUCGUUGACGAAUGGAGUCUCGCUGUGGCGGACGAUGUCGCAAAGUCGCCGGAUUGGGAUCCCAGUUCGAAUACCGACUUUUAUGGAAAGUGGUUUGCGGUGCAUGUUCAUUCUUAUGAACAGCAGCAGGGACAGGUCUUUCGGACUUGGAAAGCUCAGCUGAAUGAUUAG